CAUACUUAGACGGCGAUCACAAUGUCGGACUACGAAGAUGAUAUGGACGUGGAUGCCCCAGUGUCCAAGGACAAGUCGAUUCAAUUUAGCUCGGACAAUCUUGCAGGGAAGCAAAAGCGCAUAGUUGCAGACUUACCUAUUGAGGCCGAGGACAACUUACCAUGGGUUGAGAAAUAUCGCCCCAACACGCUCGAUGAUGUAUCCGGUCACCAAGAUAUCCUGGCCACGAUUAAUCGAUUCAUUGAACACAACCGAUUACCUCAUCUUCUCCUCUACGGGCCCCCUGGUACUGGCAAGACGUCUACAAUCCUGGCGUUAGCAAGACAAAUAUAUGGCGCUAAAAACAUGCGACAAAUGGUGCUGGAAUUGAAUGCGUCAGAUGAUCGUGGGAUUGAUGUUGUAAGAGAGCAAAUAAAGACAUUUGCUUCCACGAAGCAAAUCUUCAGCACCUCCACUCAGCAAUCCUCGACUGCAGCCAAAUUCGGCCUUGGUGCUUUCAAGCUGAUCAUUCUUGACGAGGCCGACGCAAUGACUUCGACGGCACAGAUGGCUCUGAGAAGAAUAAUGGAAAAAUACACGGCCAACACAAGAUUUUGCAUUAUCGCAAACUAUACACACAAGCUGUCGCCAGCACUGCUGUCACGGUGUACGAGAUUCCGGUUUUCCCCUCUCAAAGAACCUGAUAUUCGCCGACUAGUUGACUUGGUCAUUUCGCAAGAACAUAUCAACAUUGCCCCCGAGGCCGUCGACUCACUCGUCCGACUGUCCAAAGGUGACAUGAGAAGAGCGUUGAACGUUCUACAGGCGUGUCAUGCAGGUUCGAGGCCGCUCCCAAUGCGAGGACAGCCACCAGUCAAAGAUUCCGACGUCAAAUACGAGCUUAUCACCAAUGAUACGAUAUAUAACUGUAUCGCCGCUCCUCAUCCGGACGAUAUCCGUAUGAUUAUGACCACAAUGCUGAGUACACCAGAUAUUACGAGUUGUCUGAACACGAUCAAUGCACUGAAAAGCAGCCGUGGCUUGGCUCUAGCAGACAUUCUCACCGCUUUGGCAGAGGAGCUGCAGACCCUCGAAGUCAGCGUUGCAACUCGGGUGACUUGGCUGCAAGGCCUGGCUGAAAUAGAGUACAGACUUGCUGGAGGUGGCAGUGAGGGCGUGCAAACUGGAGGCAUGGUUGGUGUCGUAAGGACUGGCUGCGAACUCAUGGGAGAAAAGGGCGUGGGCGAGAAAAUGAGUCUAGGUUGACCGAACGUCACCUAUGUUGAGGAAGAUGCCAUCCGAAAACAUCGCUUCGAAUCAGCCGUGGGAAUCGUCUCGCCUAUUGUGCUUUCCAUAAGCCACACAACAAAUAUACAACCUCGCUUGACGUCUUUGUAACUAGGCAUUCUCGAGCAGCCCGAGGUGGCCUGUUGAAGGAAAGAGGCGCCAUUUUCAAAAGUCCC